AGAAAGCAACACAUCAGCAGUCAAGUUAGAAGAUUUUCAUCAAAAGAUAAGGUCAUCCUCUCUCAGCGUCACACUACUCCCUGAGUCCCCGCGAGUAGUCUAGUGGCGCUGCACCGCCCCUCCAGCUAUGGCCUCCCUGCAAAACUCCCCCUCAAUCAAUCAGAUCCCCUUUCUCAACUCUUUCCCUCGGUUGCAGAAGCACAAUGGUGAUUUUUCUUGCUGCAGAAGGCGGAUUUCACUUCUCGUCCGGGCCCAUCAAGCACCACCAUCUUUGAAUGUGUCUUCUUCUCAAGAUAGACCUGGGAGACGCCACAUUAUUGCAGCUGGCAUAAUUGCUUCGUGGGUUUCACUGUUUAAUCAAAACUCUGUAUUUGCUGCAGAAAAUAAAAAGGGAUUUCUGCCUGUAACGGAUAAGAAAGAUGGAUACACAUUCCUAUAUCCAUUUGGGUGGCAGGAAGUAAUCAUAGAUGGUCAAGACAAGGUAUAUAAAGAUGUGAUCGAGCCAUUAGAAAAUGUUAGUGUAAAUUUGCUUCCAACAAACAAGCAGGACAUUCGAGACUUUGGGCCUCCAGAACAGGUUGCAGAAACUUUAAUAAAAAAGGUUCUUGCUCCUCCCAACCAGAAAACAAAGCUAAUUGAGGCAAAAGAGCAAGAUGUUGACGGGAAAGCAUAUUACACUUUCGAGUUCAUUGCCAAAGCUCCGAACUAUACUCGCCAUGCUCUCAGCACAAUUUCUAUUGCCAACGGUAAGUUCUACACUUUGACGACUGGGGCCAAUGAAAGGAGGUGGGAGAAGAUGAAAGACAAAUUGCAUACUGUGAUUGAUUCUUUCAAGAUCUCAAAUGUUUAAUAUUGUGGGUUUUGAUCAUUUCUUCCAAAUCAAACUAAAAAUUGAAGAACCGAGUUUUGAAUUGGGAGCAGCAAAUGUGCAUUUUUCUGAUCCGACCCCCGUCUCUCUCUCUGCUCUCUUUUGCUUAUGUUUUCGAACGGUGGCUCCUUUUUCUUUUUCCCUUGUAAAUGAAAUAUCAAUGUAAAGGAAAGAAUUUUGGCCUUUGCAAAUUAUAAAUUAACUAUUAUGAACUA